UUAAAAUAAUAGGAAUCAAAAGCUAACUAUCAGUGAAUUUUAAUUAGUAUAUUAAAAAAGUAUCUAUUAAACAUUAGCUACAGUUAUAAGAGACAAGAAGCCUUUGGGAUAUUGAGUUUUAAUAUCUUCAACUUCAAGCAAGCAUACAUUAUGGGGUAAUCGGUGAGACGGACAAAAAGAAACAUUGUAUUUGAGUGUAAUUUAAGUGAUAGUGGUAGAUUGUUUAUUGUGUAUGCGAGUGUAGACAAUCAGCGCCAUGUAUUCUAUGAACUAUAUCGGUAAGUUCAUUGCGAACUUCCGCGAUUUCUACAACGAGAUAAACAGCGCGACGCUGACGGGCGCCAUCGAUGUCGUGGUUGUGGAGCAGCCCGAUGGCAGCUUCACUUGCUCCCCAUUCCACGUGCGCUUCGGCAAGCUGGGGGUGCUGCGAUCCAGGUUUAAAGUCGUCGAUUUAGAAUUAAACGGUGAACAACUGAACAUACACAUGAAGCUCGGUGAAUCUGGCGAGGCAUUCUUUGUGGAAGAGGUUGGAGAAGAUGAGGCGGAGUGUUCAGCGCACCUCGCCACCUCACCCAUACCAGCUUCGCGCUUUGACGACCUCUACGAGCCUCGCCGCAGGAACUCGCUCUCUGCUGUCGAGCCUGACCACGGACAGGCCUCCGACUACACGAAGCGAAGAUACACAGCUGAUGGACAAACUAUGCAGAAACCUAAUUUAAGUAAGCUUAAACCCAAAGAUGAUCAAGAAAAGAAAGAUGACAAUGAAAAUGAAGCUCUAUUUGAAAUGGAGGGCUUGGACGAGGUGUCAGUGGAUUGGAUUGACGCAAAGCCUAAGACAUUCGCAGCGACAAAACUCGGAGAAGCACAAAGCGAAGCGAACCAGGUGGUACAAAAGAUAAGUGCUAACAACGACUUCCGUCCUAUCGACGCGGCGCCGGCUAAUCAAGAAGAAGUAAAGCAGAACGGCAACGGAAAGAAGAAGAAGAAAACGAGGAAGGUCAGCACAAAGAAGAAGCACCAAAGAAAAUCAUCGACAAGUUCAGUUUCGAGUCAAUCUGAUCUCGCGAGUUCGGAGCCGCGCAGCUCUCAGCCCGCAUCGAUUCAGAAUAACGCCGAUAUUAACUUCUUCAGUGAUACCGAAGCGAAUGCAGCUGCACUCAGCGAAGAGAUGUCGAAUUUGAAGUUAAAUGGAGACAACCGUAUCCCGCUGGCGUUGUCAGAUACUGCGUUCGAGGUCCACGCAGCCUCCAGACAUGCCAAGGGGUCACGGAGCGGCACGCCAGUACAGUCUGACACCGAAGUGGAACUGUCAAGGGCGACAUCAGGCGACAAGUCGUCACAAUCCUGGCGGUGGGGGGAACUUCCCGAGCCACCACUAAGAGGAGCAUGCGCUGAAUCCCCUGAAUCCUCUGCAUCACCAGCCUCUCCAGCAUCUCCCGCCUCGCACGCUGAACCUCUCAGCUCUGAUGAAGAGCGGCCCGGGAGACGAGGUGUACUGAGCGGCAUGUUCCGCUUCAUGUCAACUAAAGACGCGAAUGAAGCGACCACAGAGGGCGUGUAUCUUGACGAUCUGGAUCGCGGACAAGUCGACCCCGACCUCUACUUCCCUAAGCAUCACACGGAAAGAUAUCGCUCAGUUGUUGGCGGAGCUCCCCAGACCGGAGGUCCGACAGAGGAGGAAUAUGAAUCAGGGAAUGGACCUUCACUGCCGCAGUCUCCGACUUCUCUAGAACCGCCAGCUAUCGACUCUGAUGAUGACGACAAGAUACUGAGCAAGGGCCAGGUGUCCGUGUACCUGCGCGAGGGCGCGGUGUCCCGCUCGCUGACGUUCGAGGAGUUCUGUGUGCGCGGCGACGCGCUGCUGGCGGAGGGCCGGCUGGAGGUGCGCGUGGGCGAGCGCCGCCUGCCGUGGCGGAGUGCUGGUCUACUCAUACUCUCACUCCUCGCGUUCAGACGACCCCUGCCCAAGCGUAUCUUGGAGGAGCUGGAGAAGGCGGGCGGCGGCGGCGGCGGGGGCGAGGUGGAAGGAGGCGCGCGCGCGGGCGGGGAGAGCGCGGAGGCGGGCGCCAAGCCCCGCUCCUACUCCUGGUGGAGCUGGCGCCGCUCCAACGCUGAUGCUAAAAGAACUGAACCAUCACCAGCAAAGGAGGAGAUAAUCAAAGAGCUGACAGCAUCACAAGCAGCGGACACCAAAGAAGUGAAAGUGACCAUAAAUGAGGACCAUGUGGACUCCCCGGCAGAGGAACAGGACAGGGACACCGACGAGACUAACAUUAAUGACGUCAUCGAAUCCAUAGAGUUGACUCCCACUCAGGAUGUCGCUGAAGUGUUGCCAAUUGCUAAACAAACACAUAUUAAAGAUGACCAAAGGGAGCAAAGUUCGUCUGAUUCGGAACAAGAGAGUCAUCAGAAACCUUCCCGACGUCAUUCAACGUUCCGAAAAACGCUGCGACUUUCCUCCGACCAAAUUAAAAAGUUGAACUUACGUGAGGGUAUGAACGAGAUGGUGUUCAGUGUGACGACGGCGUACCAGGGCACGACGCGCUGCAAGUGCAACGUCUUCCGCUGGCGACAUGACGACAAGAUUGUCAUCUCGGACAUCGAUGGCACCAUCACCAAGUCCGACGUGCUGGGGCACAUCUUCCCGCUGGUGGGCAAGGACUGGGCGCAGUCGGGCGUGGCGCAGCUCUUCACCAAGAUCAAGAACAACGGCUACCAGCUGCUCUACCUCUCCGCCAGGGCCAUCGGACAGGCCAGGGUGACGCGGGAGUACCUGCGGUCUAUCCGGCAGGGCGAGGUGUGCUUGCCGGACGGGCCGCUGCUGCUGAACCCCACGUCGCUGCUGCGCGCCUUCCACCGCGAGGUCAUCGAGAAGAAGCCCGAGGAGUUCAAGAUCCAGUGCCUCGCUGACAUCAAGGCGCUCUUCCCACACAACUCUAACCCCUUCUACGCUGGCUACGGGAACAGGGUUAAUGACGUGUGCGCGUACCAAGCUGUUGGCAUUCCUAUCGUGAGAAUCUUCACCAUCAACUACAAGGGCGAGCUGAAACACGAGCUCACGCAGACAUUCCAAUCCACUUACCACGUGCAAAGUGACAUGGUCGAUGAUUUCUUCCCGCCUAUGAAACGUCAUAACGUUGUUAAAAGCUAGCGACCAUAUAUUUCCUAUAUUAAUUAUUUAUAUUGGAUUAGAUCGCGCCGCAUUGCCCGGUAAGACGGCAUGAAUAUAGGGGCUUGUCACUUCGACACCGCGAACUCAUAGAUCCAUUAUAGCCUGACUAAAUAACGCAGAUUAUAAUUUCCACUAAUAACGAUCAGUAAUCAUCGACUUGUCAUCGGUUUUGUGUGUCUGUUGUCUCUCAGAGGCUGUUUAUGUGUUGGUAUAAAGAACCAUCAUUGGUCUAUGAUCGGUUUGUCUCUUUCGUACGGCGAAAUACAUAAACAGCCUUCCUCUGUCUUGUCUAAUGCUAACACUGUAAAC